AUGAAGAGAAAACAUACUCCAAAUGAAAUGCAAAACAUUACUAGCUUCUUUGCUAAAAAGAAUCCUACUCCAACUUCUCUUCCACGUCCAACACAAAAUGAACAAACUAUAACUCCACCUCAAGAAAGUGAGCAACUUUCAUCUCCAUCUCAUUAUUCAACUCAAAAUUCCCCUCAAAAUGAACAAGGCCAAUGUUCUCCUAAUGCCCCAAUCUUUGGAGAAAGAUUAAGUGAACAUGAAUUUGCUAAUCUUCCACAAGAUCCAGGAAAGAGGAGAAAAAUGAGUCAAUUUCAUAAAGAUGAUAGAGAUUUAGUGAGAAGAAUUUACAUUCAAAGAAAGCCUUGUCAGCCCAAAGACUUUACAUUUCCUCAAACUUCUAUUUUUGGCAAAAAUCGUCGCUUUUGUGCUAAGUGGUUUGAUACUUGGACUUGGCUUGAGUAUAGUGUGGAAAAGGAUGCUGCCUAUUGUUUCCCUUGUUAUCUAUUCAAGGAUGAAAAUGCCUUUGGAGGUGAUGCUUUUGUUAGUGAUGGUUUCAAAUCAUGGAAUCGGUCGGAUUUAAUAAGAAAACAUGUCGGUAAACACUUGAGUGCACAUAAUAAUGCUGUUUUAGCUAUGGAUUUGUUCAAGAAACAAAAUUCAAGCAUCACACAAGCCUUAACAAAACAAACCGCUGAGAGUACAAAUGCAUAUAGGACGCGACUUGAAGCUUCAAUUGAAUCUAUCCAAUGGCUUUUACUCCAAGGGUUGCCUUUCCGUGGUCAUGAUGAAAAAGAAAGUUCCUUAAGAAGAGGUAACUUUCUUUCACUUUUAUCCCUUAUUUCCAAAGGUAAUCCUGAAUAUUCUAAAGUUGUUUUCAAAAAUGCUCCUAGUAAUUGUCAACUUACUUCUCCUAAAGUCCAAAAAGAUAUCAUAAAUGCAUGUGCAAAAGAGACCACUAAAGCAAUGCUUGAAGAUAUUGAUGGUGGUUUAUUUUCUAUCCUUGCUGAUGAGUCCGCUGAUGUUUCUGACAAGGAACAAUUGGCUCUUUGUUUGAGAUAUGUUCAUAGAAAGGGAGAAGUGUGUGAGCGUUUACUUGGUAUUGUGCAUGUUGUAAACACUGCUUCUUUGACUCUCAUAACUGCUAUUGAAUCCUUAUUAAUGGAGCAUUCUUUGUCUUUCUCUCAAGUACGGGGUCAGGGUUAUGAUGGGGCAAGUAAUAUGCAAGGUUCUAUUAAUGGCCUUAGGACUCUUAUAGAGAAUGAGUGUAAAGAAGCUUAUUUUGUCCACUGCUUUGCUCACCAACUUCAAUUAACUCAAGUUGCACUUGCUAAAAAGAAUUCAGAUUGUGCUUGGUUAUUUGUUGAUGUACUUGCACCUCUCUUGAAUUUUGUGGGGGGUUCACCAAAAAGGAAAGAGUUUCUUCGUGAAAAUCAAGCUCAAAGAGUGGUGGAUGCAUUGUCUCUAGGUGAACUUGAAACGGGUUCAGGUUUAAAUCAAGAACGUGGAUUAGGUAGACCUUGUGAUACUCGUUGGGGAUCUCACUUCAAGACAAUCUUGAAUGUACUUGAUUUAUUCCCUGUAAUCCUUGGUUCUCUUGAGGAUAUUGCAAAAGUAUCUGAUACAAUAGAUUCUAAUAGAGCUCAAACACUUACAAAUCUUCUGAUGUCCUUUGAUUUUGUGUUCGUGGCACACUUGAUGGUUAGUAUAUUUGCGAUAACAAAUGCUUUGAAUGUGGCCUUACAAAAGCACGAUCAAGACAUUGUGAAUGCAAUGGCCAUGGUUAAUGUAACCAAGACUAAUUUGCAAAAAAUGAGAGAUGAAGGAUGGGAUUCUCAUAUGGAAAAGGUAAUUUCUUUUAUUGGUGACUAUGACAUUGCAGUUCCAGAUAUGGAGGCUAAAUAUGUUGUUCCCGGGAGGAGGUUGUUUAGAGGUAAAUGCCCACAAGUGUCUAAUCUACAUCAUUUUCGAGUUGAAGUUUUUUUUUGGUGUCAUUGA